AUGAUUACAACAUACUGUUUGGCAUGGCUGUUGUUAGUUAUUGCUUCGGCUGUUACCAUGAUUGCACUUUACUCCAAAGUCGUCUACACUUUGUGGUUUAAGUCUAAUGACAACAAUCCUUUAAACCAUAAACAACAAGUAGGUUCUAAUUGCAGUUUUCUGAUGGUUAUUUUUUUCAUGCAUAGAGUAUACCCCUAACUUAGGCUUUUUUGCUGGCAAACCUGAUCGAGGGUACUAUUGUAAACUGACUGUUAAAGCCUUGGCAAGAAAAUAGUUGCCCUCAGCUUUUAGUCAUGUUUUACUCAAGGAAACUGUUUGCCAAAUGUAGAUACCUCACUUUUUUCAUCUGUGGGUAGGCAAAAAUAUGCGAAGAAAUUAAAGAGGAAGGAUCAUUGGUAAACGUUCAGCCUGAACGUACAUAUACUUAAUUUUGCUUAAGACAUACUUUAUGAACAAUUAAAUGCUUGUUACGGAUCAGUCAAAAGACAAGUUAAAGCUAAAAAAAAGAAAGAUGAAAUUCUCCUCUCUUGUCAAUCUCCAUCUAAUUAUUUCUCAACUUUGAGACAAAAUUUUUCACCGAAAGUGAAACCUUGAAGGAAUUAUCGAGAAUAUUUUUGUUUUCCUUUUAAAUGACGAUCUUAUAAAAGCCCAUGUGCUGAAUGGUAUGUUUAUUUCUUUUCUCAAUUUCCAGAGUGUGCUGAGGGUUCGAAAACGCGUCACUCUGAUGGUCAUAACGGUCAGUUUCAUCUUUGCAGUUUGUUGGGGAACCGAAUCAAUCGAAUACGUUUUAAGAUUUCUCACAUCUCUCGAAAUCAGCUUUGUUCAAAUAACUAUUGUUGAUAUGAUGGUUUUGUUCAAUUCAGCUGUAAACCCCUUUGUGUAUGCCCUCCUGAAUCAUCAGUUCAGGCAGAAGAUCAAGGGAGUGAUGUGUUGCACACGCCUCGUGGCGCCCAGGCCGCGGGCUGAAACAGCUCUGGAGACUAAGCUUUAAUUCAAUAUACAAUUAACCUUGACCUAUUCAUGUUUUAAACGCAUGUAAGAUUGUUUUUUAUUAUUAUUAUUAUUUCAAACAUUGCGGACCUACAGGGAAAGUCUGACCGGUAUAUUGUGAAUGAGCCCCAGAAAUCUAUCAACUAUUGUUUUAACGGGCUUCAAAACUAAGCCAAAAGGGUUUGUAUACCUAUAUGCAUGCCCUGGAUGUAUAUUGGUAAGCUUUUUGCACUUUAAACGAAUAUUUUACAGUUUAUCGUUCAAUACUGUUUUAUGUGAAGCUUAUCCUAGGUUUCACUACUUUACAGGGUUUUUCACGGAUUUUAGCCCAACAUCGGAAGUUGAUGCCAACUACUUAUUCACAUUUUAGCUCUAUUUGCUUAGAGUUUGAGUUGAAAUUGGCAUAUAUUUUCUAAAUGUGUUAAGUGGGAAGUGACGAAAGGCAUAGUAUUUCUAAAGGUACAAGGAAAAGUGUAUCGACACAAAAUCGAUCAUAAGGUAGAUACUGUCAAUUUAAAAACAUUUUACACGCAUGAAGCUCUUGACUUUCUGUCUUACGCAGCAAAAAACAUCUUUUGCAGUUGUUUUACUCAUAUGUAAGCUGCAUCGUAUUCUUUUAGUUCAGCUUUGCAAGCGAUCAUCACUCCGUAAAUUGAACGGUUGAAGCCGUUUUUUUGCAUCAACUCAUACCAAAUUCUUCCUCCUCUUGUUUGAGACAAACUGAAUGGAUCGAUUUGGUUUUUUGACAACUGGAAAUGUGCUUCUUCUUUUCCUUUAUUCCUUUAUCCUCUUUCGUUUACUUUUCACCUUAUCUUGUGGAAUGACAUAAUGAGUCUCCAGCACCUUAGUUAUGUGCAAAAACCUGUUACAUCCUUUAAUUGUUAAAUGUCUCAUUGUCCCGAUGCAGAACCUCUCUUUAAGUGUCUGAAAUUUUUUAGCUUGUUUUGACUGGCAAAGGGAAUUUUUAUUUAUAUUUUGUGAAGAUGAGGACUUUUUCGUGCAGUUUCCGUAUGUAUAUUAAAGCAAAGAGGUAGGCAGUACAUAGAUGUGUUUUCUGUUACAGUGGCAUGGUGUGGAAACUAAACAUUGUAAGGGACUUUGUUUCUUCAAGGAUCACAAGAUCUUUUUAACGUUAAUUCUAGAUGGUUCGUAGCUUUGGCAACUUUCCAAAAUUAAUUCCUUCCGUGAUGCUGUUCUAUCGAUAUUUUUUCAAGACUUCCUUAGAGCACAUUUGAUGAUGUCAAAUUGAAAAUAGAAGGUCCCAAUAACUGAAAAAUAAAAAUAAUUUCUCGAACAAAACUCAUUGAGGUAGAUUACGACUAGAUGCUUCCAAAAAUGGUUUUAUCGAUAGACAUAUUUGUGUCGAUUAAGCUUACUAACUUGCAGCAUUUUCUCAUUAAUAAUUCGAAAUAAAACUUACUUGAAACGCGAUGCAAGUUGUUACCUAGCUCGAUAUUUACCGCUUGAACACAAAUUUUUAAGGAUACUUCCCACCUUCGCGGUGUCCUUCGGGAAAAAAAUUCGUACACACGCUAGUUUCACUAAAAUCUUAGCAAACUGUAUAUCAGAAGAAACCUUAAUAACUGUAGUUUACGAUAAAAAUAUCAUUUAAGCGACUUAUCUUUUAAGGAAGUGUCAGGAGCCGGUAUGGCGUGAAACGACCGGUUCUCGGUUCUCCCGCAGCACGAGUAAAAUGGCUGCGUAGUCUUAUUCACAAGUCAUCAAUCAACAAAAGUGUUUCAGGCUUUUUGGAUAUGCUAAUUGGCUGUCUAGAUAUCGGCGUCUAGAUAUCGGCAUCUAAAGUUGGAGUAGCUAAAAAUAUGUGAGGCGUGUUACGUACAUGGACGUCAUUGGGAAAAUAUUUCAAAUAUCAAAAUUUCCCGACACACUUUCGUUUGUCAUUACUUCUGGAAUAUAAUGUUUAGGGAUAAUUUGACGAGAAUCGGACAAAUCUGUAUACCCUAUAAAUUCGUUCCAAGUGGUUGUAUUCCGCCCAAAAUCAAAUGCGAGAUUUUAGCUCCUAAAAAAGGUUCGCAAACAACUCGCCAAGUCAGGAGAUUAUCUCGCCUCCUGAAACUGCAAACCAAUGGGACAACGGGACCUCCUGGCGUCAAUGACGAUGGAUCAAGAUUUCCUAGGAAAAAGAACCCAUUGCAGAAACGUUUUUUUCCUUUUUUUUUUCCAUCUCGAUCGCUCAGUGGAGCGAUGAGGAGGACAACACAAUAAUGACCAAAGUUGCCAAAAGCAAAGGAAAAACCCGUGGCAAAAAUGGAAAAAAACUGGAAAAUGUGCUGAGGAGCUAGACAGUGAAUCGACAGACAGCUUUCAGAAUUAAGAUUCGAGGCGACUGUUAAUGUUUUUGUAUCAAGGCUUGCAUAAAGAAAAGGAAAUCUCGUUUUAACAUUAUGUUUGAAAGAAAUAAUCCGAAAGGUGAGGCAUGUUCAUCCACAAAACACAAUGACACGCUCUUAAUGCACCUUGUCAAAUCUUGUCGGAAAAUUACUUCGUAAGUCAGAUAUUCAGCUUUAAUCCCGCGUUCUUUUUCAUACGUUCUCAAAGAUUUGCGUCUGGGUAAAUUUAGUGUACACUCGCUUCGACAUAUUGCAUAGGAUAAUGUAUGAGACUACCACCCGCUGAAUCCAUUUAUUUUGAAGUUUAUGUCAAUAAUGACAAAGAACGUCUGCUUUUGAGAUUAAAUUACAUGCUAAUAGCAAACAAUUAGUCUACUGAGCAAGACUUUUCGUUGUAUGAUUUCUAACGCUUCAGCCAUAUGGUGUUCGUUUCCUCAAGUUUUCUCCAGAUCAGGUAAGUGCGACACCUCCUCGUUCUUGAUUCGGCAUGUGCAAAAUUCUGCUUUCUUAACAUGUCGGUAAUAUCUAUAUUUGUCUCAAGCUCUUUCUUUCACUUCCUUAUUAUUGUUUUGCAUGAAGCAUUUAAGAUAUUAAGGCAAAAAGUGAUAGAAAACCGGUCAUGAAAUUACGAUAUGGACACCUCAUUGGAUUAACGAUACCUACUUAUGUGCGCCUUUACAUAUAUCACCUCGUUUUGUGAACUAUUGUCACUUUUCUCAUCGAAAUUUUACACAUGUAGCCGGGAAAAUUUACAAAUCGCAUCGGACUUUUCUGAGAAGUCGUCAUCGUCGCUAUCUGAACGUUCGAGUCCAGAUAGCAGUUUUUUACAAUAGCCCCUGUAUGUGCAACAUUGUAACCCACAUAUCAACGGCCUGGCCCGUUUUGAUUGUAUCAUCUCUAAGCAAAGAUUCUUGUCAUUAUACUUUCAUUAAUCUUAUUCAUGUUUUUAUAUUCAACGCUUCUGAGCUAGGCGUAAAUUGGUAUCGCAUGAUGUUAUUCGUUUGAAAAAGUUGAAGUAAUUUCCCGUUGUUUAGCCACAAGUCUUUUGUUUUAGAAGUGGAAGCCAUCGUUGAAUUGGCUAGAUCCUUAACGGAUUUCACUAGAUUAAUUGAUUUCAAGAUUACGCUAUUUCGAUUUUUAACAGGUGAGACGUUCCUAGUUCUAUUUAAUGAUAUGAUUAAAAUGUUGUGAUAAUCUUAUGACGUUUGCAUCCUAGUGAGGAGUUGAAUUCGGAUGGAUUUGUCUCCGGUGGCCCCGAAUUCAACUCCUGCACGCUUUGUAAAUAGCCAACUGGUCUGCCUCCUACCAGUUGGGGUUUUUAACGAGUUUCUGUUCAUUUACGAUAUUUUGUUUCCUUAUUUACAGUGUCCCCAAUUAGCACAGCAGUGCUAAAAUACACUGACACUUAAAUAAAGUUAUUAUUAUUAUUAUUAUUAUUAUUAUUAUAGUGAAUAGAACCUUAGAUUAGCUGUAUCUGUAUCUCUGUCGGACAGAUAGUACAAAACCCGAUAAAAGUAUAGCAAAUGUUGACUUCAAUAAAGCAUCGCGAUAUAUGUCUCUUUAUCUCGUUAUUUAUUUCGUUUCUUAUUCUACUUCCGCUUAAUUUUUGGUUGAACUUUGAAAGCUGAAAGGUUUUUAGUUCUCAGACCGUCCUCAUUUAUAGCGAAGUGAUCGUGUCCAUUCUCGAAAAGGCACCAAAAAUGAAACUUAAAGAACACGAUGUGGGUUGCUUGCAAUAUGCCAACUUAGCUUUCGUUUACUUGCGAACAUGAAAUAACAAAAAAAAAACCGAAUGAUAUGGCUGCAUGUGUUGAUAAUUUUUUUGGCAGAGAACUAACUCUUGAGUCACUAUGGUCAAGUACGGGGUUUCUUCCAUCGUGAUUACCACUGUGCUCUUGAUCCUGGUCGUUUUGGUCGUCACAGGCAAUAUAGUUGUUUGUUUGAUUAUCAAGAGAAAUCGACAAAUGAGGUAAGUCGCCGAUAAUGAUAGAUCAGUCCAGUUGGUGCGUUUUUAUUUUUUUUGGUAUAAUUAGAUUGAGACCGUUGCUUGUAGAUUUCUUGCUUGCUUAUAUAUUUUAAAAUCUAGCAUCAUCAUUAUCAUCAUGUCUACCUUUUUUUGACUCCAAAGGACUCCCAUAAAUUAUUUACUCAUGAACCUGGCUGUCUCCGAUAUUCUGUUUGCAACGUUUAUUACAACAAAACUUAUUUUCGGCUUGAAUUUGAGCCACCCAGAGGGAGCAGUAGGUUCCAUCCUGUGCAAGUUGGUAACUGGCGGAAAUUUUGCUUGGAUUGCUGGAGUUUCUUCAAUUGUUACUUUGGUUACGGUUGCCGUCGAAAGAUAUUAUACUGUAGUAUAUCCAAUGGAUCCAAAUAGAAAAAUGACUAAGCGUAAACUGAAGGUGAGUUGUUAAUAAAUUGGUGGCACACUGGAGGAGGGUGGUUGCCCCUCAGCUUUACUGACUUUUGUACUAUUACGACGUGGUUUUUUUUCCUAUUCCUGUAUACUAUCGUUACGUUCUUCUCGUAAGCUUGCCAAUGCCACUUGAUUGCUGGAGAAAUGAUUGUGCGUAUACAGGCUAUGAAAACUGACUAGGCUCAUGAAAGGAAUCAUCGUGGGGAAAUGAAAAGGAACUCGUGUAAAAGCGAGAUGAAAAUUAAUAAGUUUCCCAGAUCAGCAGAAGUAGCGCCGGAAAUUUGGCGCCAGUGAAAAAUGCAAUUUAGUCGUGAGAGCACUUGCGUGCAAAGAAGUGACUCAUUAAACAAGAAACUUUUAUAUAUUUUUCGUUGUUAUUCAUUCUCAAAAACACUCACUCGCACUUUUUGCUUUCACUUACCUUUCUAGGUGAUCCUUAUUUGUUCUUGGAUAUUCUCGGUGAUUUUUAACAUACCCCUCCUUCUUUCCCGUACUUAUGAGAGGAAAGAUGGGACAAAUCAUUGUGUGCUAAGCUGGCCUGAAAAAUGGAUGUCCACAGCUAGUUGUUUAUCAUGGGUUUUCUUGAUUGUGACAGCUAUUGGUUUGAUGAUUACUCUUUACUCUCAAGUCGUGUGCUCUUUAUGGUUGAAACCAAAGAGUUGCUCUCCUUUAAGCUUUGAACAACAAGUAAGGGCUUAAGUCAAAACUUAAUUUUACUAAUUAUACAUGAACCUUUUUAUACAGAACCUUUAAGUUCUCAUCUUUAACAUAUUUCGUGACAUUUCCCCUUCACUAAUAGUGCAAGGUAUUUUUCUUCGGUUUUGUUCCAAUGAUACUCAGACGGAACGGACUAAAUUUUGGCGGUGCGUGUACGCUAUUUGCAAUUCGCACUCGUGUAACAACUUUGCAUUCGUGUUACAUGAAAAAUGCAAUCGUUUUCAGCCAAUCAGACGCGGGUAUUUUUUUUACGUAUAUUACUAUUCGUUAUAACUAACCUCGGGAACUAAAACGUUUUACUCCUCAUUUUGAUCAGAUGAUCCACAUCUCGGUGACCUUUUUUGAGCAUUUCUUGAUAAUCGAUAGCCCAAUUGUAGACUUUCUUCUAUGCCAUCACCUUCAAUAAAAAUAUGUGAGAUACUAUUUGGAACGAAACCUAGAUUAAAUGAAAACUUCAGGCGUCCAAGACAGGACUAGUAAAAGAAGGAAAUCUCUCAUAGAUCACACGUUCACUUGCUUUGAUUUUUGCCGAAAAGAAGUCUUGACGAGAAAUGAAGAAAUCGAUUGUCAAAAUUUUUUUAGAAUGACUAUGUUUGUCUUCUUUAUUUACAGGGUGUGAUCAGGGUGCGAAAACGUAUCACUUUCAUGGUUAUAACAGUCAGUGUCAUUUUCGCAGUUUGUUGGGGACCAGAGUCGGUUGAAUACGUGUUAAGGACUUCUACCACCCUUCAAGUGACGUUCGUACACAUUGCCAUUGUCGACAUAUUGGUGUUGUUCAAUUCAGCUGUCAACCCUUUCCUGUAUGCCCUCCUGAACCAUCAGUUCAGACAAGAGAUCAGGAGAGUGAUUUUCGGCACACGCAUAGCAGCACCUAGGCCAAGAGCUAAAACCAACGAGAAAAGUACUACCGUGGAGACUAAAUUUUAGUUGGUUGCGUAGUUGACUUAAUCGAUUUAAAAAUAGACAUUUGUCACAAGGAGGAGUGUCUUAGAGCUAGAGAUUACUUGUAAAUUAAACAAAUGGAGAGUAAUUAUGGUAGUGUUUGUAUCCUUAGGAUACCUCGCAAUCGCUAAAUGGUAUGUGAAAUGCACACAUCAGCUUAGAGGUCAUCUUGAAAAUUAAGAGCUUGAUCAAGCACUUUUAAAUAUUUACCUGAGUAUGAUUUUUCUGUCGUUUCUCUUCUUUUAAGACGAACAAUAGUAACGCAGAAAUAUUACCAGGAAUUAUUAAAUGCAUGUGUACGUGCACAUUCUGUGACGGAUACAUGUUUGAUAUUCAAUUAAAGUAACACAUUUCCAAUCGAAAAAGUUUUAAAAUUUAGCAGCAAAGACUUUCGAAGUUUCCAAUCAGAAGUACUACUAGUUGAAAUUGUGACAGAAUUCGCUGGUAAGCUACGCACACACAUGAACCACGACCAUGGUUAGAUUUUGUUUAAAAACUAGUCACGGAAUAUUUAUCCAUAUCGAUUCGAGACCUGUAAGAAAGGUUUCGUAAUCUGGGACAUUGACUGUGAAUACAUGUGAACUAUAUAUGUGAACUUCGGUUUGAGAAAUUAACAAGAAAGCGAUCUUCGCAGUAAUAAACACUACUUAAGCAGUAAUGAAAGUAAGGCAUGAAAAAAUUCAGUGUACGGGAUUUGAACAUGUUACCUCUGCAGUACCAGUGCAGUACUCAACCACGUGUCGUCCAUUGUCACUAUGAUUGUGUUAUACUCUCAGGUCAUUUCAUCUCGUGGUGUGAUCCUAAUGUCGGUAAUUUAUUAAACUAUAAACAACAAGUGAGUUUUUUGAUCAUCAUUAUUUUUUCAAAAACGAAAUGGCAUCAUAAACCCAUUCUGACCUAGCCUUUGAGCUUAGACACUUUUCAGAAACCUCUGAGUGUAGAUAUGGAAAAUUGAAAGACAGUUUCACAUUUCAGGAUUAGAUUUACAAACCAGAGUUGUCAAAUGAAUCCUUCAAUAGGGAUGCCUUCGAUCUCAAACUGUAAUGAAAUGUCUUACAGAAAUGUCUCACCGCCGAAUCCCCCCCUCCCUCCUUAAACAAUUUUUUUUUUAUCAUAAGGCCUGAAAGAAGUCACGAUUUGCGAGGGUGUGUUGAGGCUGCGUUUGGCUGAUCAAGAUAUCCCUCGGAGGCUCUUAGUUUGCCAAUCUAACUUUAGAGAAAUCUCAACAAAGAGAACCUUAGUGGACGCCUUUUGUUGCUAGGACCUAAAAUAUCUGCUGUAAAAAGGAACCUGUGUUAACGGAUAACCUUACUAUUUGGUCGCGGAAGUCAGAUUAGAGCCCUUCUGUUAUUCGAAAAGUUAACAUAACGGACACCUCAAGAGUUUUUGCUGUUGAUUUAAUAUCUGAUAUUUCAAGAAAACUGCACCGUUUCAAAACCGUUACGAGUUAGCUUGUUAAUCAAUAUUAGGGACUUUAAGAUUGCCGACUACGUUUGGCUACGACGGUUAGAUGUGUCCUCGGUAGACUGGGUCGAGUACCGUUAAAGGGCGCGAAAGUUUAACGCUUGUUGUCCUUUAAGAUUUUGCCGACAGACAGAAGACGGUGGUUAACUUGUCAAUCAAUUCCCCAUUCGCUCUCAACGUCCAGCAGCCGAGCAGGGUUUUUAAACGCUCCGUGUCUGGCAAUAAAAUUUUUUACAAACUCUUCUUGGAAAGAGCUUUCAAAAUUCUUAGAGUAUCAGAUGUUUCUAUAGAAAUGUCAAGCGAUUUCAAAAAUUAUUUUGGUUUUUAGUUGACCAAUUUUCUGAGCUUGUGAUUACACAUACGAUUCCAUGAUAUACACAAGCUCGGGAAAAUUUGUCCUCUUAAAGGGCAUCGUAAAUUUUGGAAUCGCUUGGCAUUUCUAAAAAAAAUCAUCGAGCACUUGCAUUGGGUUUGCAUGGGGUAUUCUCUGAGAAUUUGGAGAAUAUUUUUGACUACCGGCACGCUCUCGAUAGACUAGGUCAGAAAUGUUUUGUAAGUGUCGAAAAACUUGCCAUUUUACAUUGUGCUCAAGCUUAGAAAAUUCCUCCGCAUAAAACCGAAAUUAAGUUUUAAAAUCGCUUGACAUUUAAAAUAAAACAUCUAAUACUCUUACGAUAUUUGAAAGAACAUUUCAGGAGGCGAACCAAAAGCUUGUGACACGCAGACAAAGAGAAGCAGUUGAUGUUCUACCCUAUUAAAAACCGAUUACUGAAAACAGAAAACACAAACAGGAACUAUGUUGCUAGUCCAAACCAAGGCCAGGAGAGAAACCCAAACAAGAACACCACUAGUAAAACCCAAACAGAAACUAUGUUGUUCCUAAUGAAUAUAGAAUCGAUCUUCGCAGUUAUAAACACUACUGAUCUAGUAGUUCAAAUCCCGUACAGAACUAAUUUUUUUCAGCCUUAUUUCAACUACUAGUUCAGUUCAAAUAAGGCCUAACAAAAAAAUUACAACUACCGUACAUGAAGCUUCUACCUAAAGUACACAAACUGGACAAACCCGCUUCACCAGACAACAACUCGAAACUUUGAGGAUCGAUUCUAUAUUCGUUCUCGUAUUCAACGUGUCUGAGCAAAAUGUAAAUUGGUAAUGCACAAUAUUGUUUGUUUUAAAGGUUUAGAGUAAUUUCCUGCUAUUUGGCCUCAGAUUUACUGCGAAGUGGAAGCUUUGAAUCGAUUGGAACUUAUCCAGAUUUGUCUGAGUUAAUUAGUUUUAACACCACUCCGUUUUAACAUAAACAGGUGAGCCAUUCUAAGUUAUCUUAUUUCAACUACUAGUUCAGUUGAAAUAAGGCGUGAAAAAAAAAAAUUACAACUACUGUACAUGAAGUUGCUAACUAAAGUACACAAUCUGGUCAAACCCGCUUCACCAGAAAUCUCUAAACUGCGAGGAUCGAUUCUAUAUUCGUUCUCGUAUUCAAUGUGUCUGAGCAAAAUGUAAAUUGGUAAUGCACAAUUUUGUUUGUUUCUAAGGUUAAAAUUAAUUUCCCGCUAUUUGGCCUCAGGUUAAAUGGAACUUAUCCAGAUUUGUCUGAGUAAAUUAGUUUUAACACUGCUCCGUCUAAACUUAAACGGGUGAGCCAUUCUAAAUUAUCUUUUUAAGAUAUUGCUAAAAAAUGGUGCGGUAAUCUGGUAAUGUUUAUAUUCUAGGAAUGGUCAUCAGUCGGUUGUUACCGAGUGCAUAGAAUAUAGUUCAGGCCCCGGUUGUUCGAAGGUUGGAUCAGAGCGCUAUCCACUGGAUAAAACUCUAUCUGGUGCAUAACGCUAUACUGGAUAGCUAUACUGGAUCGCUGGAUAGCGAUUUAUACGUUGGAUAGCAUUUAUUUAACGCCCUUUAUACAUCUAAACCCAGCUGUAUUUGCCAGCAGCGAAGUAGACAGAUUUUGUAAAACGUAAUGAACACAGACCUCAUGUCGAAUUCGAUGAAACGUUUCGAUAUGAACCUUUCUUUUGGAAACAGACAAUUUAAUUGGCUUCGAAAGUUUAAACGUUUUCAUAUCUUGGACCGUCUCCUUUUGUAAUUGAAGUGGUCUUGUAUUCCUAUACUUGGUACUGAAAUUGAGACCUGUCGUGAUGCAGCUUGCUUAAGACGCGCUUAAUGAGCGUUCGUUUCCUUUGUGAACAUGACACGAUAAUAAAGAUUGGUAUAGCUGCAUGCUGUUGAUGAUAUUCAGGCUGAGAACCAACUCUUGAGUCACAAUGGUGGACUGCGAGGUUUCUUCUGUUGUGAUUACCACUGUGCUCUUAAUCCUAGUCAUUAUGGACAUCACAGGUAAUACGCUUGUUUGUUUGAUUAUCAAGGGAAAUCGUCAAAUGAGGUAUGGCUCAGGGAUUGAUAGAGUAAUAACCUAGAUACAUUUUCAUUAUACUGGUGAAGUUCGAUCUUGACAGAGUUGUUUGUAGAUUCCUUUCAUUGCGAUCAGACUUCUUUCACAUUGAUUCAUCGUUGUUAUUAUUUUGUUUCCCUCAACUCUAAAGGACUCCUAUAAAUUAUCUGCUUAUGAACCUGGCUAUCUCCGAUGUUCUCUUCACGAUUUUUAUCGCACUAAAGCUUAUCAUCAGCUUAAGUUUAAGUCACCCAGAUGGAGUAACGGGUUCUGUCCUCUGCAAGCUCGCGACUGGUGGAAAUCUGACAUGGAUUUUUGGAGUUUCUUCAGCCGUUAUUUUGGUUGUGAUUGCUGUCGAAAGAUAUUAUUCUGUGGUGUAUCCACAGGUUCCAAAUAGAAAACUUACUAUGCGUAAAGUAAAGGUGAGUUAUGGCAUAAAUUGGUCGGGGGAAGGUGAUAGCUCCACAGCCUUACUGACCAUUCCCAGUAGGUAAUUUAGUGUUAACAACUGGUUGAAAACGUAAAUUAGCCACCGUCAGAGCGAUAGGGCUAACGCUCGAAACGUCAGCUUUUUUACCCUUUACGGUGGCUAAUUUAACAACUGGGUUGAAAACGUAAAUUAGCCAUCGUCAGAGCGAUAGGGCUAACGCUCGAAACGUCAGCUUUUUUACCCUUUACGGUGGCUAAUUUACGUUUUCAACCCAGUUGUUAACACUAAAUUACCUGCUAUACUCUCCCACCGACGCAGCACCACAGUUUCUUUAGAAACUUACCCCUUUAUUCAUUCCCAGUAGGGUUUAUUAGAACAUAUUUGUUCUCAUGCUUUUCAUUGUUAUACUAUCGUUCCACGUUCCUUGAAAGCUUUGUAACGCCACUCGAUAACAAAAGAAACGACUGUGCUUUCACAGGCUUUGAAAGCUGAUCACGUUUAUUUAAGGAAUGGUCUUGAGGAGAUAAAUUAGAAUACGUCUAAAAUCGUGAUAAAAAGUAUUAUUUUUGCAUUUUGGCGUCGAUAGGGCAUAGUGACAGAAAGAUAGAAUUUGGCUACGAGAUUGCCUGCAGAGAAAGUGACGCAUUCAACGAGAAACGACGAAAUUUUUUUACCUCCCCUCGCUUUACAUCUCACCAGUUUCUAAACACAUUGACUCACACAUCUUCCUGUUAUUUGAUAUAUUUCAGAUUACCGUUCUUGGUUCUUGGAUUUUCUCGGUGAUUUUUAACUUACCUCUCCUUCUUGUCGGUACCUAUGAGAAGUAACAUACCAAAACCACAAACACCACUGUGUAUAAAGCUGGCCCCAUAAGUGGAUGUCCUCAACAUAUGGUUUUGCAUGGUUGUUGCUGUCCGUUGCGGCUGUUGGUUUGAUGAUUUCUCUUUACACUCAAGUCGUGUUCCACAUGUGGUUCAAACAAAGUGAUGGCUUUCCUUUAAGCUGUAAACAACAAGAGCGUGCUUAAGUCAACACUUCUCUCACUUAAUUAUCCAUGGCAUGAAACAGUUCUUUGUCGAGUGCCGAAAGUAGUGCAGGAUCAAAGCUACUUCAGAAUAAUAUUUGUAGGUUUCUUCUCAUUUAAUAUCAAGAAUUCAUCACCCAAGUUCCUCUCAGAGUAUACUAGUAUGAAUAACUUUUCGAAUCGAGGUUCUUAAAAAUCAAUUGCCCAUUAGUUAUUGCCCUGGCCUAGACAAGAGUUCAGAACUGUUUUCCUUCCUCUAUGCCAUUACCUUUCAUGGAAUUGAAGAUUAUAAAAUUUGUUUUAGCAUGACAAGGAGGGAUUUCGCGUCAUAAAGUCAUGUAAAUUUAGGGGAUUACGGCAGUUGAUGAUUACGUCCAAUCUGCAGACUAAAGGAACCUAAAUGGAAAUCGUCGGGCAAAAGCGGAGUUUAUUUAGAUUAGGAACACUCCCAUCGAUCACAUGUUCAUUUGCUUUGACUUUUACUGAGAAAGAAGCCUUGGUGAGAAAUCAAGGACUUGAUUCUGCAUUUACCAGAAUUUCCUUUUUUUUUUCAUUAAUUACAGGGUGUGUUGAGGGUUCGGAAACGGGUCACCUUGAUGGUAAUAACAGUCUGUCAUUUUUUGCAACUUGCUGGGGAGCAGAGUCAAUUGAAUACAUCCCAAGGAAUAUGA